AUGUCAGAGAAAACCGGAGACGUCGAUUUAACCGGCGCUAAACUAAAUACUGGUGUCUGGCUUGUAAAGGUGCCAAAGUAUCUCUCGCAUCAAUGGGCAAAAGCCACAGGAAGAGGCGAAGUUGGGAAACUCAGAAUUUCAAAGAAAGGAAAUCAAGGGAAACCAGAGGUGUCUUUUACACUAAAUGAAGAGUUGACUGUAAUUGAGGGUAUAGACGACAAGUCAGUGUCUGCUCCUCGGGAACACCCGCUGACAAUGCAGACAGUGGGAGGACAGACGUUGGCGGUGUUCACAGAGACGGCACCUGGCCAGUCAGAAGAGCGAUCUGAUGGUUGCAGCUCAGUUUCGGGGGCAGGGGCUGGUCCAGAUAAAAUUGCCUUGGAAGGAGUUGUGGUGCAGCGAGCAGAUUGUAGGCCAGCUGUAAGUGAGAACUAUAUGAAGCUGAAAAGGUUACAAAUUGAAGAGUCCACCAAGCCAGUCCGGCUUUCACAGCAGCUGGCUAAAGCUGUCACUAACAACUACAAACCUGUGGCAAACCAUGCAUACAAUAUGGAAUAUGAGAGGAAAAAGAAAGAGGAAGGCAAGCGAGCAAGAGCUGACAAACAGCAAGUGUUGGACAUGUUGUUUUCUGCUUUUGAGAAACACCAAUACUACAACAUCAAAGACCUGGUGGACAUAACCAAACAGCCUGUGAUUUAUCUGAAAGAAAUCCUCCGCGACAUUGGCAUAUACAAUGUGAAGGGGACACACAAAAACACUUGGGAGCUCAAGCCUGAGUAUCGACAUUAUCAAAGCGAGGAAAAAACAGAUGAGUAG